AUGGGCAACACCGUCACGCUUGCCGAGCUCAUGCGCCAACUCGAACAGCUGACGUUGGAAAAUCGUCAGGUACGAGCCGAAAUGCAACAGCUUCGCAAUUUGGCUUCUAACCCCCAUGGUCAUGCCGCACCGCCUUCUGCACCCACCACGUCGACUGGCGCGGAAGCGCUGCCGGAACGUCGAAGCGCACUCAAGCCGCAGAAACCCGAGUCGUUCGACCCAAGUCAACGCGACGCGAACGUGCGGACGUGGCUCUUCAUGCUCAACAACUACUUCGCCGCGAGCGGGGUGCAAGAGGCGGACGCGCAGCAGCGGAUCGAGUACGCGGUGACGCUGCUGAGGGGCCCGGCCUUGGAGUGGUGGCGCCAACUUACGUUCGACUUGGUGAACGCCUCCGAAGCUGCUAGGAAGCGUCUGCGUCAUUUCCGCCAGAUAGGGAACGUCCAGGAGUACACACGACGGUUCUUGAGCAUCUGCAACGAGAUAGACGACAUCACGGAAGCAGAGAUGCGCGAUCGCUACCUCGAAGGGUUGAAGCCGGACAUAGCGGAGGUCAUAGCGAUUCACGGGUUGUCCACCUUCGAGUCAGUUGUCGCAGCAGCAGAACGCGUCGACGCAGUACGAAGCCGACGGGGUCGUGACGAUCGCGAUAGGGGAUACAACAGACCGAUCAACGACACUCGAUCGAGGGACGGACCAUCGCCCAUGGAGAUUGGUGCAGUUAACAUAGAUACGGCAGUCAACUUCAAGGACGCUCGCAUGGUAGAUAGGACACCGCUUCACAUAGGACCAGUCAUUCGCAAGUUGCGCGUAGUGCUAGGACCGAUCACAGUUAGGCGUGAUUUCGACUCUGCGACGCUGGACGGUUACGAUUUCAUCUUCGGGAGAGAUUGGCUACGGACGGUUAGUACUCAGUUCGAUUGGGCUCAGGGACGCUGCAGUGUCAAGGUAGACGGGGAGUUCCGGGAGCUGCCACAGUGGAGCGAUGGGGCCACAUCCUCCACAGCUAUCAUUAAUGCUGUGGAAGCUGAGGAGGGGAAAGGAGGGAGUGCAGCAGUUAGUGAGAAGGCGACUCUUCCUGCUGAGGUGAGUGCACUGUUAGCGGAGUUCGCAGACGUCUUCCCCGACGAGUUGCCCCCAGGGUUACCUCCCAGCCGAGCAGUAGACCAUCGAAUAGAGUUGGAGCCGGGGAGCAGGCCAGUAGCGAAGCCGCAGUGGAGGUUGAGUCCAGCAGAGACAGAGGAGAUGACGCAGGCACUUUCUCGCGCAGGGACGCUUAUGAACACCGUCCUCUCCGAGUUCCUAGGUUCGUUCGUUGUCGUUUACCUAGACGACAUCCUAGUGUUCUCUAAGACGAAGGAGGAGCACGUGCAGCACUUGCAGAAGGUCUUCGAGGUCUUGAGGAGGGAGCAGCUGUACGCGAAGCAGUCUAAGUGCGAGUUCUUCCUUCCAGAUGUCGAGUUUUUAGGUCACGUCGUUUCCGCUAGUGGCAUUAGGACUGACCCAAAGAAGAUCGCAGCAGUGCAGGAUUGGUUAGCACCGACCUCAGUCAAGGAGCUGCAGAGCUUUCUCGGAUUUGCGAACUAUUACCGCCGUUUCGUUCAGGAAUACGCUUCCAUCGCUAGUCCACUCACCGACCUACUUCGGAAAGGCGUAGAGUACGUUUGGGGUCCAGCGCAGCAGCAGGCGUUCGAGCAGAUGAAGCAGUCGCUCACGUCUUCACCGACACUGUCGUACCCUGAUCCCACUCGCCCGUACGUUGUAGUGACCGACGCUUCAGAUCAGGCCAUAGGAGCAGUGCUUCUUCAGGACCAGGGACGCGGGUUGCAGCCGAUCGCGUACGAGUCGCGUAAGCUUAGGGGAGCGGAGUUGAAUUAUCCCAUUCAUGACAAGGAGGCGCUAGCGAUUAUCCAUGCGUAUAAGGUGUGGAGGUGCUACCUAGAGGGGGCAGAUAGUGUUAUACGCACGGACCACUGUUCGCUUCGUUUCCUCAAGUCGCAGCCGCAGCUGAGUCGUCGCCAGGCUAGAUGGAUGGAGUUCAUGGAGGGGAGUUUCCACUACAGGAUAGAGUACAAGCCAGGCGUUCGCAACCCAGCAGAUCCGCUCACUCGCCAUGGUUGCCAGCUCACUAGUCUCACAGUCACUGCCGGCCAUCCACUUCUCACAGCACUCUUCGAGCACGGUUACACAGUCGAUCCCGACUUCACACCGCAGCCGCCCGCAGGAGCAGAGGUGCAGGGUAGUGUCUACAUACGGAAGGGUAGGUACAACACGGAUUUGGGUUCCAGCCUACCGCCCUCUUCGACAGCUCCUUCUCUCAGAGGCGCACGACGUAGUUAG